AUGAGGGCGUUCCACGCAGCAAUAUCUUUUUUGGGUAGGGACUCGAAUAGAUCCAUGGCUGCGUUAAAAUCUCCAGACUUUGCAUAUCCAGCCAGAACGGUCGUCCAUGAAAUGAUAUCCUUUGCAUCCAUCGUGUCGAAAAGAUUUCUAGCAUCCUUCAUGCUCCCACACUUGGCAUACAUAUCGAGAAUCGAGUUACAAAGAAUCAGGUUCGAAUGCACCCAUUUUCCAAACUUUAAAUCCGCCUUCUUCCGGCAAGCGGACAACAAACCCACCAAUGUGAUGUCAUUCGGCUUCACGCCUAUUUCUGAAUCCAUUUGCAAAAAGAACUUUGUCGCCUCGUCAGCAAAACCAUUUCGGGCAAGCCCAUUGAUCAUUGAGUUCCAAGAAACUGCAUCCCUCUCGGGCAUGCUUGCAAAUACCAGACGGGCUGCAUCCAAAAGCCCACACUCACAAUAG